AUGUCGCUGAAGCCCAAGAUUUCCCUCACCUACUUCAACAUCGAGGCAGCAGCCGAAAAGGUGCGGCUUGCAUUGGUGAUGACCAACACUGAGUUCGAGGACAAGCGCAUCAACUUCGAAGAGUGGGGCGCCAUGAAGCCGACGACUCCCUAUGGCCAGCUUCCCUUGAUGACAGUCACAAACGCGGAUGGCUCAGUCAAGACCUUCGCCCAGAGUGUGGCAAUGAUGCGCUGGGUGGCCCGAAAGUUUGACUCCACCAACAGCCUGUACCCUGCCGACGCAGACACUAUGUUGGAGAUUGAGGAGGUGCUCGGCUUGUCAGAUGAUAUGACGAAAGCUUGGCAGCCAGCAUUGUACUUGGGCAUGCGCCACAUGAUCUAUGGGUAUCCCGAGGAGUGGCCGGAGAAGGAGGCUACGGUCAAAAGAAUGCGGGAGGCCUUCCUCAAGGAGGCUUUGCCAAAGUUCAUGGGCUUUUUCACCCAGAAGCUCGAGGCCACGGGGGCCUUCUUCUGCGGUGACAAGCCGACCAUCGCCGAUUUGCAGAUUUUGGCGCAGCUGCGCUAUUUCACCAAAGGUGCUGCAGAUCAUGUGCCUGCAGAUUCCUUGACACCAUAUCCAGUGGUCACGGCAUGGAUGGAUCGCAUGCACGCGAUCCCGCAGAUCAAGGCAUGGUACAAGCUGUGA